GUGAUCGCGUGCGCCCGCAAGCUGCUGAGCCUGCUCGCGUCCCUGGAGCGCAUCUUCGAGUGGGCCGACGGGUCGCUCGUGGAGGCCAUGCGGGCCGGAGGCGCAUUCCUCGCCGACGAGAUUUCCCUCGCGGAGGACUCUGUACUCGAACGCCUGAAUUCCGUCCUCGAGACGGAUCACUUCCUCCUCCUCGCGGAGAAGCCGGCCACGGGCAGGCAGCUCGAGGAGGUGCGCGCGGGCCCGACGUUCCGCCUCUUCGCGACCAUGAACCCGGGCGGGGACUUCGGCAAGCGCGAGCUCUCCCCCGCAUUGCGCAACCGCUUCACGGAGCGCGGCGGCGCGCACAGGGGUGUCUCGGUAUCGUUUCACCGAUCCCCAUCCCCAUUCCCCAUCCCCUUCGAGACCCCCACCAAAUUUCCCCCCCAGCUGGGAGCGACCUAG